AUGCCUGCUGCCACUGUGACACCCGAGAUCCGGGCCAUAAUUGACCCUUUGGUAUCUUCGUUGAAACGUCAGCAGCUCAACGGAGACAAAACCAUUGCUUUGGCCGUUUCCCAAUUGCUUAUGAAGGUCAUAGCUGCCGCGAGAUGGACCAAUCCGUACGACUUGAUUGACAUAAUCCGAAAAGUAGGCACCACACUCAGUUCUGCACAGCCUAGGAAAGUCGUGACGGGUAACAUAGUCAGAAGAGUGCUAGCAUUAAUCCGAGAUGAGAUUGAGACUGAGCAUGAAAAUGGGGCAACACCCAUGAUGAGCUCUAUGUUCUCAUUGCUUUCUACCACCAACGAUACUAGUCACAAGGAACAGCAUAAUCAGCUGAAAAAGCAGAUGAGUGAAUUAAGAUCAAUAAUUAUUCAGGGAAUUCGUGAUUUGGUGGACGAAAUCACCAACGUCAACGACGGAAUCGAGUCGAUGUCGAUGGACUUGAUUCACGACAACGAAAUCUUAUUGACUCCUACACCUACCUCAGAGACCGUGUUGCAAUUUUUGAUCAAGGCCAGACAAAAGAGAAAGUUUACGGUUUUAAUCACCGAGAGUUUCCCCAACUACAUCAAGCAAUCGCAUCUGUUUGCGAAGAAGUUGGCCGAACACAAGAUCGAGACCAUCUUGGUACCAGACUCAACCAUAUAUGCCGUAAUGUCCCGUGUAGGUAAGGUAAUAAUAGGCUCCAGUGCCGUAUUUGUCAAUGGAGGCUGUAUGGCCAACUCGGGGGUAUCACACGUAGUCGAGUGUGCCAAAGAACACAGAACUCCUGUGUUUGCUCUUGCGGGCUUGUACAAGUUAUCACCAUUAUAUCCCUUCACCAGAGAUGACUUAAUAGAAGUGGGAAACUCCGGCAAAGUCUUGAACUAUGACGACUUCAAACUCGUCGACAAUGUAGAGCUCGUCACCAACCCCUUGGAUGACUAUAUCCCUCCUGAGAAUAUUGACAUCUACAUCACCAACGUUGGGGGCUUUGCUCCUUCUUUCAUCUAUAGAAUAGUGUUGGAUAACUACAAGACUGAAGACAACAGCCUUGAAUAG